AUGGUUCGUUCCCUAAAUCCGCGGCAUUUCCCGUCGCCAUGGCCAAUGUACUACUAUGCAAAAGGUUUGAGGAAGAUUGGACCGAUGCGAGAUGAUAAACGACUUUGGCCUGUUAAUCGAUGGUUCCCCGAACUGAAUCCUAAAAUUCUGAAGCUCAAUCCAGAACAGUUGCAUGGUAAGUGUUUCUACUCGAUAAAUUAUUUCUGGGUUUAGAUAAUCAGGCGGAUCUAUGGCUUUUCUGUUAUUAUUCUGAGGCAUUUUCGAUAUUGCUUUAGUUUAUGCUAUCUGCUGGAUGGAAAAUUAGAUUUCUCAAAAAAUAGACUAUGAAAUGCUCUGAAAAUUUUAGAGGUUGUUGAAGAGAUACUGUGAUUGCUUUCGAAAUUAAUUCCCCUUGGUUAAAGGUUAUACCGGCGCUCGAGAGCCAGGAUAUAAGAAUCCGGUCACCAAAGAAUGGGUGCACGUCCCGGAGAUGGUUCCAGAACUUAUUGUUCCUGAUCUCACUGGCUUUGACUUGAAGCCUUAUGUUAGCUACAGGACGGACGAUGAGAUUGAAAAGCGGUAAGUGAGAUUUUCUCUUGUUUUUCUUCGAAUUUUAGGUGUUCUCUACCGAUUACCCUGGUAUUGAUGGUCAACCUUUUCAUUUUUAAUUUUUUAGCGAGAAGGCGUUCCGAAAGCUGGUCAAAGAGAAAGGUAGCGAAGAGCUGGCUGAUUUGUACACGGAUGAAGAGCGACGAUGGCCUCCACCGAAGACAACGAGCAAACUUUUGUUCGACAUCUUCUACGCCGACAAAGUGCGAAAAGCAUGGGAAGAAAAGAACAAAAAGAAAUAA